GACGACUCGGGGCUGCCGCUCGCUUGCUCCUGGGGGCUGGAAAAGCCGCACGCACUCAGAGUGGAGGCGGUGGGUGUCCGGCGAUGUCCCGAGGCGAGCGAGGACAGCGGUGGCUUGCCUCCUGCUCCUCUCCCCGCCGAUCUCCCUCACCGACCGGCGAGUGCACGCGGAGAGGAAGAAGGGCAGCGGCCGGCCGGCAGAACAGCCUCUCACAGCCUCACACCCGCUCAAAUUCUUCACAAUCCAUGGGCUGUGGCUAGUGCCCGCAGUACAGCUAUGGGGGAUGCCAUCCUGCUGCAGGCCAAUCACAUUCGACGUUAACAAGGUGCCAACCAUGCGGGGACCUAGCGCACCGAGGUCCGGCGAGGGGCAGCGGCGGCACGCGGCGCGCAGCGAGGGCGAGCAGGAGCGUGACGGCGGCCGACGGCGGGGCGCGGUGGCGGCUAGGCGGCGGCCGCGACGCGGACGCACGGCGGCGGCGCGGCCAGGACACGGGCUCGUGGCGGCCGGCGUGCGGCGGGCCGGCGGCUCAUGGCGCCACACCAUGCGGGGCGGCGCGGGGGCGAUCAAGCGGCCAUGGCGUGGUGCUGCGAGCACGCCGUGGACGGCGGAUGCGGUGCAGCGGCCUAGCACGGCACGGUGCGGUGACGCCGGUGGCCGGGUGGGUGCGGGAUGCGGCUAAGCUGCGGCUCGGCGCGGGAUGCGGCCGAGCGGCCAUGGCGCGGCGAGUGCCAGCAGCACGGCGGCCAGGGCUGCUCGCUGCUCUGCCCUUUUCCCUUUUUUUUUCUUUCUUCAUUUUCUUUUCCCAUUGACUUCGUGUGGUCGGGGAGGCGCGGCGGCCAUGGCCAGAGCGGCGGCACGGCUGGGCGACGGCUGGUGUGACGCUGCGGAGUUCGGUGCAAGGCGCGGUCCGGGGCGGCCGUGCGGGGGCGAGGCCGUGCAGUGGCCGGCGCGCAGCCGACGUCUCCAUCAGUGCCCUUUCGUGACAUCCUGACACGUGGGUCCCAUGUUGACUUAGCAGUCACGUCGUACAAAACCGGAGUCAAAACCACCGAAGAACCUAAAUGGAACGGUUUUGUAAAGUUAAGGGAUGUCAUAUAUCUGGUUUUGUGGUUGAGGGACGAUUUUGUAAUUCGAUGACAAGUUGAGAGAACUUGGGUGUACUUUUUCCAAGCAAGAAAUGAGAAAGUGCGGUGCUGAGUUGGGCUUGGAACCAAAUUCAUGGCCCAUCUCAGUUGGGCCUGUGAUGAGUUGGGCUUCUCCAAGGGACCAGGAAACUGACGCUACAGCUUUGCCGGUUGCGCUGGGCCGUGGAAUCACUGGACGAUUAGCCAGUGCGCCACCGGCCACCGGAUCGAUACCGGCGGCGGCGGCGGUGGCGGUAUCCCACCCGCGAGCACGAGCACGAGCACGGCUGCCGCGUCCGGGGCGCAAGUGCGGAAACAGUCCAAGUCCACGCCGCGUUGGGGAUCCCACCUAACCUCAACCGCUCCACGCGGGCGCCGAGGGUGCCAUGAAGAAGCUGUUCUGCUUCCGCGGCGGCACCGUGGCGAGGAGGUCGGAGAGGGCCCCGAUGGCUGAAUGGUGCGUGUUCUGCCCCAUCGCCCGCCGCGACCCCGCUUGCAACACCGUCCUCCUCUACUCCGUUCCGAUGACAGGGUCAUGGCGUUCAAGGACAUCAACCCGUCGGCUUUCAGGCACUAUCUUGUCAUACCCAUUGAACAUAUACCUACUGUCAAUAAUCUCCAAAGAACCACCGAAGAUCACCAGUUAGUUAGUCACAUGUUGGCAGUAGGAAGAGAUUUACUCAAUCGGGAUGCUCCCAAUUCGGAGGAACAGAGAUUUGGUUUUCACCAGCCACCAUUUAAUAGUGUUGAUCACCUUCAUCUUCACUGCUUGGCAUUGCCAUUUACGCCCAGCUGGAGGCAAGUAAAAUAUACACCUCUUGGUCCCCUUGGAGGGUUUAUUGAAGCUGAGAGUCUAUUGGAAAGAAUACGCCCAUAGUCUACCGUUAUCACAACUACCGGCAGAUGAACACAAUUUACAAAGUAUCACCGCCAUUAUCGCGAUGACCACGGAAACCCGCAGGCAGUGGGCAGUAGGCACAAUUGGAGAGAGAAUGUUAAUGAGCGAUCAGUCGCAUGCGCCCUCCCCCGCGCGACUAGACACGGGUCGCGCGUGGAGAGGGGGGCGCAAGCACCGUGCGGUUUCUUUUUUUUUGUUGUUUUUUUGGCGCACGGUUUCCUAGGCGGUGUGCGGUUUUUUUUCUUUUGUUUUUCUUUUUGCGCACGGUUUCCUUCCUUUUAUUUUUCUUUUCUUCUUUCCGUAUCAGUUUCUUUUUUUUUUUGGCGCACGUUUGACUGGGUGCAAUUGGCUCUCCAAUUGUUGUGACCUUGUGAUUGCAUCCUUUUAAUAUGCAUCGCUUUAGUCAUAGCUUUUGAAUGAUUGUAUCAUCCCUCUGUUUAAUAUGCAUCGCUUAAUCAUAUAGCUUUUUAUA